AAAUAGUUAUGGUUUAUGUUGUGCUACAUUUUCUUGUGAAUUACAGAAUGUAAAAUGUGCCAUAUUACGUGAAAAAGCUGGAUUCAUAAACCAAAGUAGUGAUCUCUUGAUAUUUAGUAAAAUGUGCUUAAAAAUUGUACAGGAUCAGCCUUUAUUGUUUCAACAAAAAUUAAAUCUGGAGUGCACUGAUGGCAUUUUUAUUUUGACACAUUUUGCUUCUUAGUCAAGUAUCAACAUCACCUCAUAUUUUAGACAAAAAAAAAUUAAGUGGUUGUCGUGCAAAUCAUCAUAUUGCAAAAAUGUUAAAUAGGAGUAGCACAAAACGAGCCAUCGGAUAUAGUUCCUAUCCUGCUAUUAAAAUCGAUGCAAGGUGACGAGCAUUGCAUCCUUCAGUGAAUUUUCAUUUUGGUGAUUCAAUUAAUGUGCUUCGUAGAAAUAAAGGCGUAUUUUUAGAUAAUUUGAACUUUUACUAUAGUGUUACUGGGAGUGAUAAAAUCGAACAAAAUUAGAAGUUAUAAGUUUGUAAAAACAAAAUUACAACUUGAGUAUCAAUUAUCGAUCCCGUAAUAUUGAACAGGCUGGUGGUAAAGUGAACACCUUUUUGUCUGGAGUGUUACAGAUGUUUUCAUAUAGCGUUUGAGGAUACACACAUCGAAGUUGAAUGAAAAGGGAAAUUAGCUGUCAAAUCAACGUUUCAACAAUGCGGAAACAGUAUUCACCAUGCAUUGUGCAAUAUUAAAUACAAAAGCCAGUCUAAAUGUAUGAAAUACAAAAAAAAAACGUAGCAUGUAGAAUUUGUAAUGAAAAAAAGUGACUUAUAUCGGGGAAAACACCUAUAUUACAGUGAAGUUAUUGAACCUGUACAAAAUGGUUUAAUGUAUAUGUGUAUAGGAGCGUAAUAGAAAAGUGUGUCAAGAUUUCAUGUAGUUAAAAAAAACAGUACCAAGUGAAUGUCAGUUUAGAGUUUAAAUGUUGCUAAAAAGAGUGAAAAAAGUGAUGCUGAAGAAGCUUAAAAGUGUCUCGCACAUCUCAUUAUCCGUCCACUAAAUAUGAAUCCUGUGGAAUAUCCAGUGGUGACAAAUAUUCGGUGUAUCAGAUGAUAAAAGAAUGGCCGUGGCAUCAAUGAAAAUACAUUUGUCUACGAGUCAUCGAAAACUGCUCCCGUAUAUAUGACCAAUUGGCAGAAAAAUAACUCCAGAUAAAACUCAUUCAUCAUUAGGCUGAGCUUAUCCGCAAUCAAUAUCACAGACAAUCAUUAAUUCGUAAAAUUAAGAUCAAAAUGAGCGGUAGUAUCCAUUUCCAUAUAACAGCUAUUUUAUGUCAUAUUUUAUGUUUGCUUGCUUACUGUACCAUUGGUAAAAUUGUCUUAUUAUUAUUAUUCUGUCAAACUAAGAAGAGGCUAUCCACAAACCACCUGAAAACUUUGAAAUAUCACCCAAAUCACCUCUCUUUGAUUAUACUUUUUAAAUUACUUUUUAUUUCUUACCUCACAAAGUGUUCACGUAGUCCAUGGCUGGCCUCAAACCGCGCAUUUUUGUAUAUAUUUGUAUAUUAUAUAUCCAAUUUUUUAUAUUAUUUUUUGCAUACUAGUUUCAAGUCAUCUAUAUUGUACAAAUAAAUGCUUUAUUAACUUAUUUUGAAACAUCAAAAUCGAUUCAAUUAUUUGCAAACAUUUCUUGCAUUAACUUCAUACAAUAUUUUAUUUCAAACAAAAACUUAGAAGUAAUGCGUUUGUAGCGAAAAUCAAACGUAAUGCGUUAUGAAGGAAAAUUGCCACGGUGCCCCAGAGGAGAAGGUUUUAGUAUUAUCAGUACCGCAAAAAUAAACUCAGCAGUGUCCAAGUCGGAUUUGUCAGUCCACUUAAGAUUACAACAUAACAUUUUAAAACGAAAAUCGGACUUCUGGUAUUCGCCGUUAUAUCAACAUCUGUCUUUGUCUGAGAAAUACUUUUUCGAAAUGAGCUCGUUGUUCAAUUCAAUCAAAAACUUAGCAAUAGGCGGCAACACCAACACUUUAAACGGAAAUCAGGAACCGUCAAUUUAUCUAGAUUCGGAACACACAACAUUCACCAUAUCACCGCCACCUCCUCCACCACCUCCCCCAUCAACGUCAACUUCGGAUCAAAAUCUGAAAAGGAUGGGAAUCCCGGAUACUCACGCCGAUUUCAAACAAUGGCUUCAUGCUAUGAAGAUGGUCGCUCGAUUGCCCGGUGGAAUGCCGGCCGAGUUUCGCCGGAAGCUUUGGCUAGCACUGUCGGACCGAUACCUGCAAACGAAGGGAAUCAACUGGGACGAAGAAGGUGAAAAAUAUCUCAGCGAGCAAUGGGACGAAGACGAUGAAGAGCUUGGGAUUCAGAUUGUAAAGGAUUUACAUCGUACGGGGUCGAGCCUAUGCUCCGGACCAUCCGGAACCAUUAAUCAAGCAAAGCUGAAACGGGUUUUACUGGGAUAUUCACGAUUCAAUCCUGAAGUUGGAUACUGUCAAGGAUUUAACAUGCUGGGCGCCCUUAUCCUACAAGUAAUGGACAAAAAUGAAGCAGACUCAAUCAAAGUGAUGAUUUUAUUAAUAGAAGGACUACUGCCACGGGGCUAUUUUUGUGGAUCGUUAGGUGGGCUGCAGACAGACAUGGCCGUUUUUCGGGAACUUUUAGGAACAAAACUUCCCAAGCUAGCCCGCCACCUCCAAAAGCUACAAGGACCGGAGGGGGCAUUUGAGCCACCUUUAACGAACGUUUUCACAAUGCAAUGGUUCCUCACUUUGUUCUGCACUUGUCUGCCUAUUCCAUUUGUAUUGCGCAUAUGGGAUCUGAUACUAAUUGAAGGUAGUGAUGUUCUUCUUCGUACGGCAUUGGCGAUCUGGGGCCUUUUAGAGGGCCGUAUUUUGGUGACGAAAACGGCUGAUGACUUUUACUGUAAAAUGGGAGCAUUGUCUGCCGAACUUGUCAAUGGAAACCUCAUCGAUUGUAAUAGUCUUAUUCAGCGAAUUGUUGAUAUUGGUGCAAUUCAUGAUCUCCACAAAAUGCGCGAGAAACAUUUGCACAACAUUACCAAGCUGAAAGAGUCAUCGAGCUUAAAGAUAUUCUACUCGGACGAGGAAGGAGAGUCCGAUGAGGAUUCACGAUUGGCUGUAACUGCAACUGCUUGGGGACUUCGAUCUGGGCGACGAGCCUCGCUAGGAUUGCCCACUAACCUUCGAAAUGCCGGCGAUGGAAAAGAAAAAAUGAACCUAGACAUUUCCCUUUUAAAAAAACAGUACGAUAAACUUAGAGAACGACAACGACAGGCACAUAUCAUCCUGACGGCAGCCGUAGCAAGACAGCCUCCAGCUAAUCCACAGAGCAAUUCACUGCAAGUUAAUCAACUGUUAGUGGGUAAAAAUGCAAUCCUAAGCAACAAAGGGAAACGUCUUGGGCCGCCGCAAGGUGCUGUGCCUCCGAUAAGGGCUCCCAAGUCGAGCAAACAGGGAAAAUCGGGAGCUCCCAAGUCCCCAAAGCCAGCUGAAACCCUACACUGGAAAGACAUGGAUGAAAAACAACGUCGAGGAAGCUUAAAGUGGAGGGAGAUGCAAAAGGACGGGAAAAAGCCAACCAUCAAAGAUGACUCGGAUAUUGUCAAACCAGAAUCUCCAAAAUUGAUAAAGUCUUCAAGUGCAUCCUCAGCCAUCAGCAACAUCUCGGAAACUGGUUCUUCGUCUAUUGGAGCUAAAAGGCCAAGCGAAUCUUCAUCCUACAGUGAGGAGUCCGAUGCCGAUUCCAGUACCAGCACAUCAUUGUGCGACGAUGACAAUCAGCUUCUAAGCGCCUCAUCGCUAGAAGCAUCGCCAAUGAAGCGAAGGCUUACACCCGACAGUAUAAAGGAAGUUCCCGAUGACGAACAGCUGGUAGUGACAACCGAGGACACUCUGAGCUUUGAAUUCCCGGUGCUAGUAAACGUACAGCAACAGCAUGUCCAGUCGGCCACCCUACCGGACAUUGCAGAAGAAAGCCAUACGGACACGCAAAGCAGCUCUGCUGACAGUAAACAUGCUUUAGAAAUUGCAGAUAGUCCGAUUGUAGAGAUCAAAGAACCACCGCCGAUUAGUGUGAAAAUUAAACCAUCACAGUUGGAACUGGCAAGUCCUGUCGACGACAAGUCAUUGUCGAUUGCCAUUACAAGUACAAGCCAGCUAUCGCCAAUUCCUGAUAUCGGACACUACGUGAGCAUGUCCACCAUCAGCCCGCUGAGAACACCUUCGUCAAUUAUGGACUAUUCGGAUUACUUGAACAACAUUCCCAGUGACAGUACAGUUACAUGUGACGCUCCAAUCACCGACGCAAAAGACCACGCGCUGUUCAAUGUCAACGAGGACGGAGUAACAAACCAACUUUUUGAACGAAUAAACGCAGCUGAGCGGCCUAACAAACUAGAUUUGAAUGUAAUCAAGGAACGAAAAGUUAGUGAAUCACUAGUAAAUACUACUGAAAGUCUACUUGAUCGUAGUGACAAUACAUCGAAGCUCGAAAACUAUAGCUUCACGAAUGUUUCUAAUCGUUCAUCCAUGUCCUCAUCGUUUAUAUUAGAGCUACCGGUACGAACAAGCUUGCAGCACGAUUCACCAUUGAUACCGCCGCCAAAUGCAGAACCAUCAACAACUGUUCACUCAGAAAAAUCGCCAAUCAUUCAAACCAAAACAUCUCAAAAGUAUCAAAUCGCUAAUAUACCAACCCCGUCGCCUCAAGAAUGUGAUGAAAGUGAAAUAUAUCUGGCAAGCCGCAUUAAAUUUCUUAAGGAAAAAUCUUUCUCGAUGGACGAUCCCAUUAAGGAAGACAAUCUUCCUACAGAAGAUUUGUCAAAGCGUUCCGCAUCCGAAGGCUUGGUAUCUGCUGAUAUAAAUGUUUACAAGAGCAACAAGAUGUCCGAAAUUAUAAAGGAAAAUUCUCUGAUACUAGGGCGUAUAAUAAGGAAAGCUAACCGAUUUGAUGAAGACCUCACGGAAGAAGCAAAAAAAGUUGAUCGGCUUUGUGUCGAUGAACCGAUCAACUUGAAUCUGUCACAAGAAGUAAAUGAUUUAAUAGAGAAAAUAAACAAUAGCAGAAUUGAGUCUCAUGAAGGAACAAGUAGUACUAAAACUAUAUGUUCACCAAGAACGACGAUCUCACUAGUUGAGAACGAUGAGCGAUUUGGAGCUUCGUCAACCGUAACUUGGUCACACUCCUACGAAAGCUCAAAUGAUAAACCAAAACCUUUGACGAAAAGUCAGCAACCUAUUAAAGUGGAAUCGCCUGAUACAACACCCAAGAUUAAUCAAACUGAAUCAAAGAAUGACGCUGAUAUGAAAAUUAAUCAAAACCCAAUACCAGACAUAACAACGCAAAGAGUAGUCCCCCUUGAUAACUUAUCUAGAGUAACAUGGUCUCACUCGUACAGGACAUCGGAGGAAAACUUGGCUACCACCGCAUUAGAUAACGAACCUUCUUCGAUAACAGAGACAUCUGACAUUGUUUUGCGCAAGGAAUCAGAGGAGCAAGCCGUAGCGGAAAUAGAGCCAGUUCUAGCUGAUUGUGAGAUUCCCAAAGAAGCUGAUGAAUCGGAAAUGAACAUUUCCAAAACGGAUCUCGUUAUCAAACGCACGGAAGAGCAACUCGCGCGUUUCAAAGAUCCCGAACCUACCUACUACGUAAGAAAGGACAAUUUCCGUGAAAUAAUCAUUCCAAAUGAGGAGAAGGAACAAGCGGUAGUCGCAUCAAUCGAGGAAAAACAAGCGAGUCCUGCAAAAGAAGCUUACGUGGGUAAAUACACACUUGAAACAUCAAAGUCUACGUCACCACAGGCAAACACACAAGAACAAGAAACUUUGAGCUCUCCAGUAUCGAGAGUAAGUAUUAAAAAUUCACCCGAGCACACGGCAGAUAAAUUCAAAUUUGAAGCUAGCGAUACUGGAUCGAAAACAGACGAAUUAAUUAAGAAAACCGAAGAACAACUGGCGAGAUUUCGUGCUCAUGAUAGACAGAUUUUAGAAAAAUUAGAAAAAAGACUAUCUUUGAUUGAUUUAAAACUGGAGGAAACCCAAAUACCGAACGAAACUUCGGAAAAUAUGCCACGAAUAUCAUCAAAAACCGAGGAAAUUAUCAAAAAGACAGACGAGCAGUUAGCGCGAUUCAAAGCUGCUGCAGAGAGUAACGCAGAGAAGAGAAAAAGUCGCCACGAGAUUGACGAGCUUUUGCAAAUCAAAGCGGAUUCACCAGAUUUAUCCAGCCGAUCGUCGGACAGUAUCAAGCUUGACGACAUUUCCAUCGCAGAUGCAGAAGAGGCCGUUAUUAUAAAGCAUGCUCAGGCGGAAAUUCUGAAAACAAUCAAAAUGCCAGCAGAAGUUAAAUGUUCCAAAACGGAUGAAAUCAUCAAACGUAUCGAGGAUGGAAAACUUAAACUGGGUGACGACUACAUUACCACUAUCAAAACAAUUGACUAUCUCAAGCAGUCCAAUGCAAACUUAUCCGCCACACUGUCCUCGAUCGAAAGCUCUAUUAAGGCCAUUGAUGGUUUUUGUGACCACAACUCGGAAAUUCAUUCCAAUAGAAUCAAUGACACUAUUGAUAAUUUGGAAAAAUCGUUGAAGCAAUUCGAUAAGGGCAGCACGGAUCCACCGCUGGUAAUGGUACACGACUACUCAAGUUCACCACAUGAAAAUCGUUGUAGGCCGGCAUCGAACAAUAGGCCAAGCAGACCUCGCAAGCGCAGAGAAUACUCCCCUCGUCAUAGAAAGGAAAAAGAUCACACAGAGAGAACAAACUUAGUUCUUCGUACUAAAGACCACAGCAGUGACUACUCAUCGGAUGCACGCUCUGCCGACAGAGAGUCUCCGAAAACGUACACUUUCCACUCAUACUACAGUACAUCACCUCCGCUUUCGCCGAGAAUCGUAACCCCGGCGAAGAAAAGUCCUGAACCUGUUGAAAGCAUUCGGCCAACAUCGUUCAAGAGCACUUCCCACGAUCGAUACCUUCUUCAGAAGGAACCACAGAUGAUCAAGUUUGACAAGUCACCAUCUUCACCCAUCAUCAACAAGUCGUAUCUGGAAUCGUUAAAACCUGCGACGCCAAUCGCAUCCGGGAGGACGUCCCGAUCUGCCGAGAACUCACCACCCUUUCAUGCUGCUCAAGUUCUGGUCAAUCCCAGCAGCUAUGGAAACUCUGCUCCCCAACACCAGCACCACAGCGGCCUACUGCGUCUUCAGUCGUCGGGUCACGAAGGCGUCGAGUUUUCACACAUCAAGAGUUGCGAAAACAUCCUAAUGCGGUUCGAUUAUAAGAACAUUUCAGCCAUUGCGGCCAGCUUUCCUGUUUCUAGUUCAACGCUCGCCACAUCACCCAGCAAAUUCCGCAGUUUAGAUUUCAAGCAGGAUGCUACACUUAACUUGAGUUUCAGUUCAUCACCAAACAAGAACGUCUAACUAUUAGUCAGGAAACAGUGUAAAACUAAACGAUUCCUCUGUGAUAUAAAUCUAACUUUUUAAUAUUUACGAACCGUACAUGAGUUGUAUUUAAGUUGCUUGUGCUUUUACUAAAAAAAAAUCCAGAAGGAGGAAAAAAACUGAAUACUGGGAAACGAGUUCAUAACAUAACAAACAUUGAUCGUAAGGAUGCUCUAAACCCCCCUCGAUUUUUUUUGUGUUAAUCAAUCCAAACUCUCAUUUAUCAGAUUACUUGCUCGUGUUGCCGCAUUUUCCAGAGAUGGAUUUUUAAAAUAAUAAAGCAUACACCUUCAGACUAAAAAAAAUACAACUUUUAAAUAAACUCUACUUGAAUCAAAGCGACAACAUUAACUAAAAUAGACGGCAAUAGACUGAUGAUUUGAUCACUUUAUUUCAUAUAUUUAUCAUAUAUCAUAUAUUUUGAUUAUAUUGAAAAUAUCUGCAACAACGUGGGCAAGUGUUUCACCGAAUCCUUUAAUAAUCCUCUCAUCUCAUCCAAAUGAAAUAACCAAAAGCUAUUUUUUUACAAAACACUGAUCGCAAUAAUCAAAACGAUGGUCACUGAAAAAAAACUAAAAGCUUUCAUCCAAAAAAUGUAUAAUAUUUCAAUAUCAGUAGACCGGCAUGCCAGUUUCCAAAAGCUUUUUAAGGAAAUGAGUAAGAAGCUUUGUCAGGGAUAGAUAACUUAAGAGCGAGUCCACGAGCAAAGCAUGCCCAUCUCGCAUCGACCUCACCAAUCUGCCCAAAUUUUUAAAGGGUUAAAAUGGAGAAAAAUGAACAUUUUUAUGCAUGUUUCUAUUUACAACCAAAAAAUUUACUAAAAGAAAAAAUGUUUAUUUUAUAUAUUAAACUACCUUACCCAAAGCUUUCUCAGUCGUAGAUGGUAGUCCCAGAUAACCCCUACAUGCUUCAGGUCGAAUCGAGUUGAUAUCUGGAUGCAACACUUUUUUAUUUGAAUUUAAAAAUUGAGUUGUUUUUUUCACUAAAAUGCCAAUAUCUCCCUUUAGAAACUCCGCAUUUUUUAAGCCCUUUCGGAUGCAUUUUGAGUUUUGAAAUGCUAAUGAAUUUUGCGUAAGUUACAGCGUUUUAAACAUUUUUGACGUUUUUUAUCCUUCAAACAUUGUGGCCCGAUUUGCCCCGCUUCCCGUUGACCUAGAGUGCUCAUAUUUUGGCCAGAUGCUAGUUUUAUAUGUACCGUAAACUGGGGUGACUUUGAUAACCCGGGGUGACAUUGAUAGAAAUUUGAUUUGGCCACUAAUUUUGAUACAUCCAAUGUAACAGUCACAUUUUUGCAUAUUUGUUCGAUAAUAAGCUAUCCCUUAAUGCUUACAUACUCAAAAUUCUCAAAAAUGUUUAGAUAUUUAUUUGACGGGCAUUUGAAAGACCUAUCAAAGUCACCUCGGGUUAUCAAGGUCGCCCCAGUUUACAGUACAAACAUUUACCCCUGAAAAUUUCAGGCAGAAUGGUGAGGUCCAAACGACAUCCCAUACAAAGGCCUUGUUCGUGGACUCACACUUAAAUACAAAUUUGCUCGAAUCCUUGUUCUAUGAGGAUGUAAAAAAAAUGAUUUUCUGAUCUCAAGAUUAAUUGGCUCUAUGAAUUUAAUUCUUUAACUCGUUUAUAGAGAUAGAACUACAGAUGUAAAUGUUUGUCUAAAUUGUGUUUUUUUAAACUGACGACGGUUUUAUAAUUUGAUGAAAAUAGAUCUCGACCAUCGCUUUCAUUUAUCGAUCUGUCAGAAAUUAUCUAAUAAUAUGUAUUAGCAGCGUAUCAAAAAAAAUCCGUACAGCCCUGUACGGUAACUUCGUACGUUGUAAAAAUACCUAAAAUCUUAUAGUAAAGUUCGACGCGGGAAACCUCUUUAAGUCUCUGACAUUGAUUUGACAAAAUAUUAAACUCAAAUAUACAAAAUUAUUUUAUUAAAAAAAGUACAAUACUUAGGCCUAUCUUAAACAAGGGAGCCCGAGGAGACGGAAAUAACUUGGGAAUAACAUUUUUUGAUAUUUGAAAAUACUAAGCCAAUAACAUUUAAUGUUAUUUAUAACAAGAUUUGUUAUGCAUCGUUAUCAAUUUUUUUAUAUUGGAUUGUUAUUGUAAUAACAGAUUAAUAACAUUUUUAGCUUUUCUUCGAACAAAUCUUUGUAAUUAUUUUUUGUUAUUUUAACAACUAAUCCGAUCAUCCCAAUAACAGUUGGAGGUACUCUUCCAUAACAAAAAAUGAUAUUAAAAAGUUGUGUUGGCUUUCAACCAAUAUGAGACCAAUAACAAAUAUUGUUAUGAUAACAUAAACUGUUAUUAAACUCUUAUGCAAAAAUAGAUUUUUUAAGAAGAUUCCAUAACACUUUUUGUUAUUUUAACAGUAUUUGUUAUUGAAAUGGCAAAAUUUUUGUUAUUACCGUCUGCCCGGGAGGGGGAGAAUAAAAAAAAAUAAAAAUAAAUUACAACAAGAAUUUAAACAUUUGAAAUAAAAAAAAAAACAUCUGGGUAAUUCUCCGCCAACUCACACAGCAGUUGCCCCGACCCCUCUUCGAUUUGCGUGAAACUUUGUCCUAAGGGGUAACUUUUGUCCCUGAUCACGAAUCCGAGGUCCGUUUUUUGAUAUCUCGUGACGGAGGGGCGGUACGACCCCUUCCAUUUUUGAACAUGCGAAAAAAGAGGUGUUUUUAAAUAAUUUGCAGCCUGAAACGGUGAUGAGAUAGAAAUUUGGUGUCAAAGGGACUUUUAUGUAAAAUUAGACGCCCGAUUUGAUGGCGUACUCAGAAUUCCGAAAAAACGUAUUUUUCAUCGAAAAAAACACUAAAAAAGUUUUAAAAUUCUCCCAUUUUCCGUUACUCGACUGUAAAAAAUAUUGGAACAUGUCAUUUUAUGGGAAAUUUAAUGUACUUUUCGAAUCUACAUUGUCCCAGAAGGGUCAUUUUUUCAUUUCGAACCAAAUUUUUCAUUUUAAAAUUUCGUGUUUUUUCUAACUUUGCAGGGUUAUUUUUUAGAGUGUAACUAUGUUCUACAAAGUUGUAGAGCAGACAAUUACAAAAAUGAUAUAUAGAAAUAAUAUAUAUAUCGCGAUUUUACGAAAAAAAAGUUUUGAAAAAGUUGGUCGUUAUCGAUCAUGGCCGUUCAUGGUCACCCGCGACAGAUACGGACGACGAAACAAAGAGAAACGCAAAAAGUAACUUUUUCAAAACUUUUUUUCGUAAAAUUGCGAUAACUCGUGAUGUUUAUAAGCAAACCCCUUAUGUCUACAUAUUUUUUGUAAUUGUCUGCUCUACAACUUUGUAGAACAUAGUUACACUCUAAAAAAUAACCCUGCAAAGUUAGAAAAAACACGAAAUUUUAAAAUGAUAAAUUAUGUUCUAAAUGAAAAAAUGACCCUUCUGGGACAAUGUAGAUUCGAAAAGUACAUUAAAUUUCCCAUAAAAUGACAUGUUCCAAUAUUUUUUACAGUCGAGUAACGGAAAAUGGGAGAAUUUUAAAACUUUUUUAGUGUUUUUUUCGAUGAAAAAUACGUUUUUUCGGAAUUCUGAGUACGCCAUCAAAUCGGGCGUCUAAUUUUACAUAAAAGUCCCUUUGACACCAAAUUUCUAUCUCAUCACCGUUUCAGGCUGCAAAUUAUUUAAAAACACCUCUUUUUUCGCAUGUUC